AUGCCACAUGAAGACAAGGAACAGGAAGAAGAGCAAAAAGCUCGAACUGCUUAUGAUUUGAUGCGAAUGAGAUUGGAAAGAUUGCAGAAAAAUAUUGAAAAACCAGUGUCUAUACCACAACGACGAGAUGGUCGGAAGCCACGACCGCCGCCAGAUUUCGUCCGUAAUGUUGUUGGUUCAUCAGCCGCUGCUGGAAGUGCAGAAUUUCACAUUUUUCGGAACAAUCGAAAACGAGAAAUGGAUCGGUUGGAUUAUAUGAAUAAUAAAGCCUUGCAAGAAGAACUGGAUGAGAAAUUUUUGGCUGAAAGAAGAAGACGGGCGGAGGAGGAAGAAAAAAAAACAGCUAGAAAACGGUUAAAAAGGCAACGUUACAAAGAAAAGAUGAAGAGCUUAAAAAAGAAAAAUGAGAAAAGUGGUACAGAAAGUGAAGCUGAUGGAGAUGAUUCGGAGUUGAGUUCAACUGUGGAAAACAAGGAUGAGAUAUCGAACCAGGUUACGGAUAAGGAGAAUAACGAAGUAGUACAAACUGACGAAGUUUCUACGGUACCUGAAAAGCAAAGUAUAGGAAAAGCAGAAAUUGAGAAGACUGAUGAUUCGAGUUCAUCAACAAAACGGAAGAAAGAGAACACCUAG